AUGUCUGAUGACCCUACAGCAUCAGUAUCAAUAAUUCAAGAUAAUAUUACUAAUAAAAGUAAUAAACCCUAUUUAGAAGGUCUUCAACCUGACUCACCUAUAGUAUCAGAAAGUACAGAUACUCUUUUAUCAAAUUUGUAUCUUAUAUUUGAAAAUAUAGAAGAUUCUAAAUCUAAUUUAGUUUUAUUUGAAAAUAAUAUAAAUCUUACACAAUUUGGAUUAACUAGUAAUAUAAUUGUCGAAUCAGAUAGUGAUAAUAAACACAAAACACAACUUGAUCUAUUGAAUAUUAAUUUGAAUAAUUAUAAGAAUGAAACAAAUAACAGUAUUAGUCUAGAAGAUAAAAUGGAGAAUUAUAUUAGUACUGAAUAUGAUGAUGAAAAUACUAAAUAUAAAUCAAAUUUAACUACAAAUUUUCUUAUUUGCAUUGAAUCAGACCCAAAUAACAUAUUAUGCUUAUUACUUGCUGCUUUAAUUAUUAUUUAA